AUGAUCUCAUCAAUACUCGCUCUUUCCCUGUCAUGGGCUCUCCAAGUCCAUGCCGCCGCCAUCCCCUCAUCGGCAACUGCGGAAGGUCUUUCUCUCUCUCCGGGUCUGCAGAACAUCUUGUCAAACACGGACAACAAUGAUGCAUAUACCUACCCAACUGAUCUGACCAGAGGAAUCAUUCCUAAACCGAUCCACUCUCACAAUGAUUACUGGCGCGAUGUCCCCUUCUACUCUGCACUCUCCGUGGGCGCAGUAUCCGUUGAAGCCGACGUUUCCCUCAUCAAUGGCACACUCUAUAUCGGCCACGAGCUGUCCGCCCUGACAGACGCCCGCACCCUGAAGUCCCUCUACAUUGACCCUAUCCUCGAUGUUCUCAAGCGCGAGAAUCCGACCACGAAGUUCGUGACGACUCCUACACGAAAUGGUGUAUUCGACACCUCGUCUGGCCAGACAUUAUACCUGUUCAUCGAUCUGAAAACCAAUGGAACCACCACAUGGCCCGUUGUAGUGGAAGCCUUACAACCUCUUCGUGAUGCGAAAUACCUGACAACUUGGAAUGGUACGGCUGUCACACCCGGGCCUGUGACCGUGAUAGGAACUGGUAAUACUCCGUUGAACCAAAUUGCUCCCCUGUCACAACGAGACUACUUCUUCGAUGCAAACCUGGCCCUCUUGAACAGCUCCCAAGCCAACAUCACAAGUGGUAUUUCACCCGUGGCUUCCACUCAGUUCAGCCGAUACAUCGGCGAGGUUGAGGGGGCUGCCUUAAAUGAUACUCAACUCUCCAUCCUACGUUCGCAACUAAAGCUUGCUGCUUCCAAGGGCAUUGUUGGUCGGUAUUGGGAUACACCGUCCUUCCCCAUCAGCACAAGGAAUUCAGUAUGGAAGACUUUGAUCGAAGAGGGUGUUGGACUGUUGAAUGCCGAUGAUCUACCAGAGGCAGCCGGCUUCGGAGGAAUCAACGGUUAUUGGUGA